AUGCUUUGUCGGAACAUUUUGAGAAAGGGCUGUACAUCCUUUCGUCUAUAUCAUCCAAAUCCCAUCGAACACGUCAAGUCACACCAUAUCAAGCCCUUGACUUAUGGGAAGGAAUCACCCCAAUAUAAGGUAUUAUCCCUAGCCCUAGAACAGUAUGUUCCCAAACACGGCUUUUCUGAAAGAUCCAUAGUUGAGUCUCUGAACGAACUCGGCUAUCCUUCUUCCAUGAUAUCCUCAAUAAGUGCUUCCAAUUCACCCUCUUUUUUUCAUUCUUCCACUGCUGUCAUGGAACUGAUAAAGUUCCAGCUGGUCGACAAAAGAUAUCGUCUAACUGAAGCAAUCAACCCUGAUGUAACUCCACAAUACAAAUUACCCUCGUUGGAACAUUUGUUAUUGAGAAGAUUAGAGAUGGAUAAGCCAAUCGGCGGGUGUUUAUCAGAACUAAUGUCGCAAUUGGCUAUUCCAAGUGGGUUUCUCUUUGAAACUGCUAUUCCUGAGUUACAUAGAUUAUCUGAUGAUAUGAUUUACUUUUCUAACGAAAAGGACCAUCAUGAUUCUGCAUGGUAUGCUAAGAGACUAGCUGUUUCAAGUACGUACAUCGGGUCGAAAUUAUUCAUGGCUCAGGAUAAAUCCCAUAAUUACAAAGACACUUUUGAUUUUGCAAAGCAUAAGUUAAAUAGAGUUAUGCGUUUGGGUGAGUACUAUAAUAACACAGAAGAGUUUGCUUGGUACACUUUAAUGUCCACGGUUAAUUUGGUUAAAUCUCAACUAGUUAGGGGUUAA